CCAAGGAUCACUGGAGCAGAUAGCUACCCGUGCAUUAAUACUUUAAGGGGGAUGCAAAACACAACACUGGGAGCCAAAUCAUCAGAACUUCCCCUUAUUUCAGUCUUCAGCAUCUAACAUUAAGUGAAGCUGACACACAUGCACACACAGACACACACACACACACACACACACACACACAUGCACCCACCACGCACACGCACUGCUUCAAUGUCUCAUUCUCUGGGCUCUCACUCUAGUCCUCAGUAAUCUCUACAUUUACACAGAUUUCUCCAGCAUCGGCUAAAGGAUUUCUUUCUAAUAAACCUCUGGUCCAGCCAUCAAUACCCCUGGGAGGAGAGAAAAGGCUAAAAGAAUAUAUCCAAAUCAGGAAGGAGUACUCCAGCCUCCUGUCUCCACUGAGCACCAAGCCAUAGCUACCCUCCUGCUUUCUUGAUUCCUGCUCUUGUGAUGUGAUGUUUGACUUUAUUCCUACUCAGACUGCAAUCAAAAUUGCAUCAUUGUUUCACUUCUCCUAAUUCCUGCAAGUGAUCAAUUGGGCGGCUGGUGAUUAUUUUGUUGCAAAUAAACACACACAGAGAGAAACAGAGAAACAGGGAUCUGGCUACUAUUCCUAUGGAGAUGCUCGUUUUGAUUUAAAAAAGGCGAUCGAGGCAAAAUGGGAUUGAGUGAUUCUGAAGAAAGGGAGGAUUUCCUUUAUUAUUUUGGGGACGUGUGUUUUUGCUAGUGUCCUAGAGAGAUAGCCACAGAUUUGGAGUGGAAGGUAAGGCGGUCCAUGAUUUCGUUUUUCAUUCACACUUAACGAGAGAUUCUUCCAGCCGAGCCUGGUCAUUGGGGUAUCCACCAGGAGUGGCUGGAGGUUCUAAAUCCAGAGGCUACAGGAGAACCUUUCACAUCACAUACACUUGGACUUGGUGUCUUCUAAUAUCCUGGGCACUUAAAAAGUUAGAGGAGUAUCUUGGUUUGUACAUGGAAUCCCUCUUUUUUUGCCAAAUGACAUAGGAUGAAGGCUGUUCGUAAUUUGUUGAUUUAUAUAUUUUCCACCUAUCUACUGGUUAUGUUUGGAUCUUAUUCUGCCCAAGACUUCUGGUGCUCUACAUUGGUCAAGGGAGUAAUUUAUGGAUCAUACUCAAUAAGUGAAAUGUUCCCUAAAAACUUUACCAACUGCACCUGGACGUUGGAAAACCCAGAUCCGACCAAAUAUAGCAUCUACCUGAAAUUUUCCAAAAAGGACUUGAUCUGCUCCAACUUUUCCCUCUUGGCUUAUCAAUUCGACCAUUUCUCUUAUGAGAAAAUACAGGAUCUGUUAAGAAAUAACCAUUCUAUAAUGCAGUUAUGUGAUACGAAGAAUGCCUUUGUUUUUCUGCACUAUGAUAAAAAUUUUAUCCAGCUUCGUCGAAUAUAUCCCAUUGAUUUCACUGGAUUACAGAAUAAGGACGAAGACCAAAAAUCAUUUUUGGAGUUUCUGGUGUUGAACAAAGUAAGCCCGAGUCAAUUUGGGUGCCAUGUCUUGUGUACUUGGUUGGAGAACUGCUUAAAACUGGAAAAUGGCAAAACGGAGCUUUGUGGGAUUAUGUAUACAAAAUGCACCUGUCCUCAGCAUUUAGGAGAAUGGGGGAUAGAUGACCAAUCUUUGGUUUCCCUAAACAAUGUCAUCUUACCCUUGAAUGAGCAGACUGAGGGAUGUCUAACCCAGGAACUGCAAACCACCCAGGUCUGCAACCUGUCCAAGGAAGCCAAACGACCACCCAAAGAAGAAUUUGGAAUGAUUGGAGAUCAUACAAUUAAAAGUCAGCGACCAAGAUCUGUUCAUGAAAAAAGAGUGCCCCAGGAACAAGGUGAUGCUGCUAAAUUUAUGGCACAAACUGGUGAAUCUGGUGUUGAAGAGUGGUCCCAGUGGAGUACAUGUUCAGUUACUUGUGGUCAAGGGUCGCAGGUGCGAGCCAGAACUUGUGUACCACCUUACGGGACACACUGCAGCAGCCCUUUAAGAGAAACAAGGGUUUGCAAUAACACUGCCCUCUGUCCAGUAAAUGGAGUUUGGGAAGAGUGGUCACCUUGGAGUUUAUGUUCUUUCACAUGUGGGAAAGGCCAAAGAACAAGAACGAGGACAUGUACCCCUCCUCAGUAUGGGGGAAGAUUAUGUGGAGGACCUGAAAUUCAGCAUAAACCAUGCAAUAUCGCCCUUUGUCCUGUUGAUGGACUAUGGCAAGAAUGGAGUUCAUGGAGCCAGUGCUCAGUGACCUGUUCCAAUGGUACACAGAAACGGCAGAGGGAAUGCUCUCCAGCAUCACAUGGUGGUUCUGAUUGCAAAGGGCCUUACAGUGAAACUCGAGAAUGUCAUAAUCAGGAAUGUACAGCUAAUGGGCAGUGGAAUCAAUGGGGCCAUUGGAGUGGUUGUUCACGAUCAUGUGAUGGUGGUUGGGAAAAACGAACAAGAACGUGCCAAGGGGCCGCCACUGCUGGACAUCAAUGUGAGGGAUCUGGCGAGGAUACUAGGAGAUGUAAUGAACAGAGGUGUCCCGCUCCUUAUGAAAUCUGCCCCGAGGAUUAUUUGAUGUCUAUGGAAUGGAGAAGAACCCCAGCUGGAGACCUGGCAUUUAAUCGAUGUCCCCUUAAUGCUACUGGUACCACUAGCAGGCGCUGUUCACUCGAUCUUCAUGGAAUCGCCUUCUGGGAACAGCCAAGCUUUGCAAGAUGUAUAUCAGCUGAAUACAGACACUUGCAGCUUUCAAUAAAGGAACAUCUUGCAAAGGGGCAACGUACAUUGGCAGGGGAAGGGAUGUCUCAGGUGACCAAAACAUUGCUUGAUUUGACUCAGAGGAAGCAUUUUUAUGCAGGAGAUCUUCUGAUCUCGGUGGAAAUCCUAAGAAAUGUCACAGACACUUUCAAAAGAGCAAGCUACAUUCCUGCAUCCGAUGGUGUACAGAACUUCUUUCAAAUAGUAAGCAAUCUUCUCGAUGAAGAGAAUAAAGAAAAAUGGGAAGAUGCCCAACAGAUUUACCCAGGCUCAGUGGAGUUGAUGCAGGUGAUAGAAGAUUAUAUACACAUUGUCGGAAUGGGAAUGAUGGAUUUUCAGAACUCGUACCUUACAACUGGAAAUGUAGUGGCUAGUAUUCAAAAGCUUCCGGCAUCGUCAGUCUUAACAGACAUCACCUUUCCCAUGAGAGGUAGAAAAGGAAUGGUAGAUUGGGCACGGAAUUCAGAAGACAAAGUGAUUAUACCGAAAAGUAUCUUCACCCCUAUGCCAUCAGAUUUGGAUGAAUCCACGGUAUAUAUUCUUGGGGCUGUUUUCUACAAAAAUUUAGGACUAUUUCUACCUACACUAAGAAAUUUUACUGUAGUGAAUUCGAAGAUCAUUGUGGUGACUAUUCAUCCAGAGCCUAAAGCUAGCGAUUCUGUGGUGGAAAUUGAACUUGCUCAUUUGAACAAUGGUACUUUGAAGCCAUACUGCGUUCUCUGGGACGACGCAAAAUCGAACGACUCUUUGGGAACCUGGUCCACCCAGGGAUGUAAAACUGUGUUUACCGAUGCAUCCCAUACGAAAUGCUUAUGUGAUCGCCUCUCUACCUUCGCCAUUUUGGCUCAGCAACCUAGAGAAAUAAGCAUGGAUUCUUCAGGAACACCUUCGGUAACUCUGAUAAUCGGUUGUGGUCUCUCCUGCUUGGCCUUGAUCACCCUUGCAGUUGUUUAUGCAGCACUAUGGAGAUACAUCAAGUCUGAGAGGUCAAUUAUUCUGAUAAACUUCUGUUUAUCAAUCAUCUCUUCUAAUAUUCUGAUCCUGGUGGGCCAAACGCAGACACACAAUAGGAAUAUUUGCACCAUGACUACAGCCUUCCUACACUUUUUUUUCCUGGCUUCGUUCUGCUGGGUUUUGACGGAAGCUUGGCAGUCCUAUAUGGCGGUAACAGGGAAAAUUAGAACACGGGUCAUAAGAAAACGUUUUCUUUGUCUUGGUUGGGGUUUACCAGCGUUAGUAGUCGCUAUAUCAAUGGGCUUCACCAAAGCAAAAGGCUAUGGAACCUCACACUAUUGCUGGCUAUCACUUGAAGGAGGGCUACUCUAUGCUUUUGUUGGACCUGCGGCUGCUGUUGUUUUGGUCAACAUGGUAAUUGGAAUUUUAGUCUUUAAUAAACUUGUUUCCAGAGAUGGUAUCCUAGAUAAAAAGCUCAAACACAGAGGAGGUCAGAUGAGUGAGCCUCAUAGCGGUUUGACGCUCAAAUGUGCCAAGUGUGGAGUAGUUUCAACAACAGCUUUGUCAGCCACCACCGCCAGUAAUGCCAUGGCAUCCCUUUGGAGUUCUUGUGUUGUCUUACCACUACUUGCUCUGACGUGGAUGUCUGCUGUUCUGGCAAUGACCGAUAAAAGAUCGAUAUUGUUUCAGAUACUGUUUGCAGUAUUUGAUUCAUUGCAAGGAUUCGUCAUUGUUAUGGUACACUGCAUUCUACGGAAAGAGGUCCAAGACGCUUUCAGAUGUCGAUUGAGAAACUGCCAGGACCCAAUAAAUGCAGAUUCGUCAAGCUCUUUUCCCAAUGGACACGCUCAAAUCAUGACAGACUUUGAAAAAGAUGUGGACAUUGCUUGUCGGUCAGUUUUACACAAGGACAUCGGGCCCUGCAGAGCUGCCACAAUCACAGGAACUCUCUCGAGGAUUUCACUUAAUGAUGAAGAAGAGGAAAAAGGCCUUAACCCAGAAGUAAUGAGCUACUCAACUUUACCAGGAAAUGUCAUAUCUAAAGUAAUUAUUCAACAGCCUUCUGCAAUGCAUAUGCCUAUGAGUAUGAGUGAGAUGAGUGAUCAAUGUUUAAAAAAAGAGAAUAGUGAGCUACGACGAACUGUGUACCUUUGCACAGAUGAUAAUCUCAGAGCUGGUGAUAUGGAUAUGGUCCAUCCACAAGACAGAAUGGAGAGUGACUAUAUUGUAAUGCCAAGAGGUUCUGGCAACAUGCAGUCGCAAAUCAAAGAUGAGAAUAAAAUGAAUCUAGGUAUGGAUACUUUGCCUCAUGAGAGACUAUUACACUACAAAGUCAAUCCUGAUUUCAGCAUGAAUCCAGCAGUAAUGGAACAAUUUGGUAUAAAUUUAGAUCAGCAUCUCAUGUCUCAAGAACACAUGCAGAGCCUUCCUUUUGAACCUCGCACAGCGGUAAAGAACUUCAUAGCUUCCGAGAUGGAUGACAGUGCAGGACUAUCGAGAAGUGAAACAGGUUCAACAAUCUCCAUGAGCUCCUUAGAGAGAAGAAAAUCACGAUAUUCUGACCUUGACUUUGAAAAGGUCAUGCAUACUAGAAAAAGACACAUGGAACUUUUUCAGGAAUUAAAUCAGAAAUUUCAAACUUUGGACAGAUUUCGGGAUAUACCAAAUACUGGAAGUUUGGACAAUCCAGCAGUAAACAAGAGUCCGUGGGACAGUUAUAAAAAUACAAGUGAAUAUCAACACUACACAACAAUAAACGUUCUAGAUUCAGAAGCAAAAGAUUCUUUAGAACUUAGACCUUCCGAGUGGGAGAAGUGUCUGAACUUGCCUUUAGAUGUACAGGAAGGCGACUUUCAAACAGAGGUUUAACAAAUCAAAAUGAACUGAAAGAAAGACAGCAAAUCAUUGCACUGACAUAUGAGAGACUUUCAAAGCCUGGCACUUGGAUUUAUGCGACUGCUCAUGUCAGGAUCUUCAUGUGCCAACUGUCAGUGUUUAAUUUUGGUUUUCUUUUUUUUUUUUUUUGUCUAUUCU